UGUGAUGUAAUAUGGCUCUCGAGGCGUGUUAUUGCAUUUUUAUUGUAUCCUACGAGAACAAUAAGCGAGUGACAUAUUAAUUUCAUAUGUCACAUGUUCAUGUAGAUGAAAAGUUAUGAAGGUCCUGAAGUCAAGAAAAAGUAAUUUCAUUCUCGUAUAAUUUUUAAUACAGAGCUGCGGGAGAUAGCUAGUUAGUCAUAAACAGAAGACUUGUGUGCUAUUCCAAGAUAUAAAGCUAUCCACCUGAAUCUCCUAGAGUUAACUUUAUUUAUGACGUGAAACAAUGGAGGGAUACAGGGGUACGAAAUGCAAGACGAUGUGUUCAUCUACUUGCAGUAAGUGUUUUCGUCUAAGGAAUGAUAUAGAUUUAAGAAAUUCUGAGCCGAAGUACAAACAUUGCAAAGAUCAAUAUGCACCAAAAUGUCCUCUGUGCAAACUGAUAUUGCCACAGAUCCACAAUCUUGUAAGGGAUAUUAGUGUAAUUAAUAUAAAAGAUAUACCUGGCAUUUGCAAUCAUUGUAAAAAUAUAAAUUCUACUCUACAAUGUGAGAGAUGCGACUAUAUUUUAAAAGCAUAUAUGCAAGAAAAAGAGUGUUACGUUGAUCAUUGUAAUAAAGAAUGUCACGAAGUUAUAGCUCGUAUUAAGACUUUGUUGUCCGAGUUUGAAAAACAUGAAGAACUUAUGAAACUUAAAUCUUUAUCCUUGGAUGAACUACUGAAAUUCUUGAAACCGUCAAAAAAAACGCCAAACGUCCAGCACAAAGAAACACAACGAACCGAUAGCGAUAUACAAGGAGGGACACAUGGUUUUAGAAGUAGUUGUGUUUGUGAAGAUUUGCUAAAGAAGUUACAGGAGAAAAUGGCAAAUAUUGAUUAUAAAAAUUAUAGCAAAUUAUUUAUUGAUAGCAAAACACCUUCACAUCGGGUAUCUUAUGACCGGUUGGAUAAAACAAAAAAGAUUGAAAAACAAAAAAAGUAUGGUAAAUCGUUUAAUGAUGGCAAAAUACCAUCACAUGAUAUAUAUCAUGACCAGUUAGAGAAAUCAAAAAACAACGAGAGGAAACACAAGAAUGGUAAAUCCUUUGUCGAAAGCAAAAUACAGUCACACGACAUAUCCAGUGAUCAGUUAGACAAAACAAAAGAUAAUGAUAGGAAACAAAAAAAGAGGGAAUCAAAUAAAAUUAAAGACCCCAAAGAAUCUCUAGAUUAUAUUAGCAAAGAAAAACGUAAACAUGGAUUCAAAAAACAAAUUAAAAGCACAGAAAAGGAACAACAAGAAGGGGAAAUAAGUAAAUUGAAAGGUAUUAAAGACGCCAUUGGUUUAAGCAACUAUAAAGAUAAACACAAACCUGAGUUUAAGAAAACAGUUGUAAGGAAUGUAAAGGAGAAAUCUAAUCGAGAAAAGAAAGGGAAAAGUAAGAAGCAAUCGGAUAACAUAAAAGAAAAUGAAUUUAGUGUUGAUUCAAAAAAAAUAAAAGUGCACAAUAAAUCUCUUGAUGAAUUAGAGAAAAUGAUAUUAAACCGGCAAAAGAAGCGGAAGCGUGAUCCACAAUAUAAUAUAAAAAGAUUUAAAAUUCCGGAUGUCCGAGAUUUGCCGCCAUUGCCAGUCAAAAAAUUUAAAGAGCAGGCAUCUAUGGACUCCGAAAGUAUUAUAGAAUGCGAUCAAUCUGAUGAAAAGGAUUUUAUAGAAGUGAUUGAAGGAAAUAAGAUCGUCCGUUAUAGACGUGGUCAGAGUCCUGUUGAACCCAAAACUAAAAAGCCUUUGUUUUUCAAUGUUACUCACAACUUCGAUGAAGAAAGUCUCUCUGAUAUGAACUUGCGAUCGUCGGUACAUUCAGAUACUAAACCAUUACAUCAAAAGGAUAAACUUUUUGGCAAGUAUCGACUUUCAAACAGAGAUUACAUCGAAAAUGGUUGUACCGUUCUGCCGACAGUAACGUUUGUUCGUAGAUUAAAUAUCUACAAAAUGGUUCCCUCGUGCCCUAAAUUUGAUUGGCUAGGAAGUCAUAAGAACGAAGACAUAAUAUUUUACGAGACCGGCGAGGUACUGGCAGAAGUAUAUGAUGACGGUCUAUUCAAGUGGUUUUAUAGAAAUGGAAAAGUAGCUUUGGAUUUUGUCGACGUUUUUGAUGAGGAAACUAAUGCAACGAAAGAGUUUAUUGUAUACGAUGCAGUUACUCAAAACAAAGGAAGAUAUGAAGAUAAGGCACAAAUUUUAGCUAGCUUUGAUGACAAGGGACAUGGAGUUGUGUAUGAUCGUUUUGGAUAUAUGAGGAUUAAGUAUACACAAGAUGAAGGUGUGCUUUUCGAUAGUCACAUUGGGUCACCGUGCCAUUGGAAAUGGAAUGCUUUAAAUGAGCCCCCGAAAAUUCAGGUUGAACAUAUCUUCGAGUUUUUAGAACCUUUAGAUCCCUACAUCGAGAAAUUAGAAGUCGGGGCCAAAAAUGUUGGAACUGUAAAGAAUGAGGAAAUUAGUUCACUACCACGUUCUCAAAUACAAAUCAGUAGUGAAUUUGAAGAUGAGAUGAAAGAAAUAGAGUUAAAUAAUGUGGUUAGAGAAAAGUCAAUGAAAAUAUUGAUGAAUUAUAAGCCCUUUGAAAUUAGAUCGAAAAUUUUUAAAUUAAAUGACCACUUUUCGUUAAGAAUGCUGAGUCAAUCUAAAGUUUAUAUAUUGUUUAGAGAUGGUAAAGUAUCUCUUAAGCUGAAUGUGGGCAUGAAACUAAUAAGCAACGAAGUAAUGGACAUAAAAGCUGUGGAUAACGAUAGAAUAUACACACAAGACAGAAAACAUAAAAUCAAACAUACCGAUUUUAAAGUAUCCAACAGUUCUCUAUUUUAGGCGAUAUAUUAAGAUAAGAUAAAGCAUCGUUCUUUAUUAGUAAAGUUUAAAAUAUUAAGUAUGUUUAACUUGUAAGAAAAGUAUUAAGUUUCUACUUAUUUGGUUUUAAUUGGGUGUAUGGUUGGGAAUUAAAUUCCCCUACUAUGAAUACGAUGUAACUUUUCUCGAGUCAAUUGGAGU